CAUUAUUUUGUUUGUUUUCACUUUUGAAUGAUGUAAACAUAUCAUCUGGAUCCAAAACAUUUUGCACUCGAAUUCGUUUACAGAAUAAAAACAAAUAGUUCUCAGCUCGAAGAUGGCAUCGUCGGCAUUAGAAGGUACGCAUUAUAUGAUAGAGGAAGCGGAGGGAAUGCAAUCUGACGAUUCUGGAACGGACCACGUAUUGAAGCCAGGAGUUCCACUGCGAGAGCAGGAUCGUUUUCUACCGAUAGCCAAUAUUACUAAAAUCAUGAAAAAAGGUAUUCCAUCGAACGGAAAAAUCGCCAAAGAUGCACGGGAAUGUGUUCAGGAGUGCGUUUCGGAAUUCAUCUCUUUCAUUACUUCCGAAGCCAGUGAAAGAUGCCACAUGGAGAAGCGGAAAACAAUAAAUGGGGAAGAUAUACUUUGUGCAAUGUACACGCUAGGAUUCGAUAAUUAUGUCGAGCCCCUGAAAAUGUACCUUACUAAAUACCGAGAUAGUAUCAAAGCAGAACGGUCUAGCCCUGAACAGACUCCGGAGCAUCAACAACAAUAUGAAGUAAUCAAUCAGGACUUUAGUUCUGUUCAACCUUCCAAUACAAGCGCGAAUGUUUCUGCCAAUGUCAUAUAUCAGGAUUCUGAUGGAACUUAUUACCUGAAAAACGAUCCUUUUCAGCAAAUGUAGGAAAGCAUUUGCCAUAGAACCGAUAUUAUUUCGCUAUGUACAAACCCCUUGCUGCGUGAAUGGAACAUAUUUAUGAUUUAUUGAACAGUAUAACCCGAGCGAUGCAUUCGAAUAGAUUUGAUGGAUGCUGA